AUGGGAAAAGGGCAUGAUGUAAAGAAAGAAAGAGGGAAGAAGGAUGAAGAUGAACACAAUGAGUAUCAUCCUUAUCGUCGGGAUAAUAAAUCUUUUUAUUCAAAAAAUUAUAAAAUGAAAAAUAAGCAUUCGUAUAAUUCCUCAGAUGAAUAUAAGAAAUAUGUUUCACAUGAUACGUACAAUUCAUAUGAUACAUAUAAUUCAUAUAAAUCACAUGAAGAGCAUAAAAAUAACAAACAUAUUUCCAUCAAGCCAGUAAACAAAAACAAAUAUGUACAUUCCCCGUCUCCCAAAAAAACAAAAAAAAUAUAUGAUGAAUUAAGUGAUUAUAAUAAACAUAAAAAAUACUCUAGCUCCAAAAUGGAUAAAAAAAAAGAUUCUUACUAUAAGGAACAAUCAAAUAAAUAUAAAGAGAAAAGAAAAUAUGAUGAAAGCUCACAAGAUACAUACGAUAAAAAAAGAAAAAGAAAAAGAAAAAAGAAAAAAUAUGAUUAUGAAAGAGAGGAAGAAAAAUAUAAUAGAUAUGAUGAACGAAGGGAUAGUAGCUAUUAUACUUCAAAUUAUUCUGAGGAUUCUUCAAAAAGGGAGGGGGGGAAAAAAGAAAAGGAAGAUUUGUAUAUAUCAAGAAAGGAAUUUAGUGGGAAAAAAAAAUCCCAUAAAGGUGAACAUAAUAAUAAUAAUCAUCAUACGGAUCAACACAUUAAAAACAAUUAUCAUACGGAUCAACACAAUAAUAACAAUCAUCAUACGGAUCAGCACAAUAAUAACAAUCAUCAUACGGAUCAACACAAUAAUAACAAUCAUCAUACGGAUCAGCACAAUAAUACCAUAAGUGAUCAAAUAAAUAUUUUUCCUGAGAAAAAUAAAAGAGAUAAUCGUAUUAAUGAAGAAAAAUAUACCAUAAAGGAACAUUUAAUAUAUGAAGAUGAACAAAAUAUUUCAUAUGAGAGUAAUAAAGAUUCUAGUAGUGAAGAGAACACAAUUUUAAAUGAAUAUUCGUCUGAUGAAGAAAAAAAUAAAAUCGACUGUAUCUUAAAUGGUUGUAGGAAUGUUAAGAAUUAUAAAAAGUUAAAUAAAAUAAGUGAAGGUACGUAUGGAGCAGUAUAUAGAGCACAAAAUAAAAGAACGAAAAAGAUCGUUGCCUUGAAGAAACUAAAAAAUUUUUCUAGUAUGCAUAAUGAAGGAUUUGCUAUGACUUCGUUAAGAGAAAUAAAUAUAUUAUUACAAUUACAACAUGAUAAUAUUUUAUCCAUUAAAGAAGUUGUUUUUGGGAAACAUUUAAAUGAUAUAUAUUUAGUUAUGGAAUAUAUAGAACAUGAACUUAAAAUGAUACUUGAUAAUAAAUCCCCAAGUUUUACUAUAUCUGAAUUGAAAUGCUUAUUAAAACAAUUACUUAGUGGAAUUAAUUAUUUACAUAGAAAUUGGGUUAUGCAUAGAGAUUUAAAACCAACUAAUUUAUUAUACAGUAAUAAAGGAAUAUUAAAAAUUUGUGAUUUUGGUAUGGCUAGAAAAUUUGGACAUGUAACUAAUCAUAAUUUUACAAAAAAUGUAGUCACAUUAUGGUAUCGAGCACCUGAAUUGUUAUUAGGUGAACAAUGUUAUACAAACAAAAUUGAUAUUUGGAGUGCUGGAUGUAUUUUUGCGGAAAUGAUAUUAAAAAAACCAUUAUUUGUUGGAGAAAAUGAAAUUGAUCAACUCUUUAAAAUUUUAUGUCUAUUAGGAUUACCAGAUAAAGAAUCCUAUCCUGAAUUUUAUGAAUAUUCUUUUAUAUCCAAAAAUAAAGAACUAUUUAAAAAAAAAAAAAUUAAAAUGAAUGUUAAUAAUAUACGUUCACACUUCCCAAAUAUAGCCAACCAAUUUUCAGGUCUAUACCUAUCUGAUAACGGUCUCGAUUUAUUACAAAAAAUGCUACAUUAUAAUCCUCAAUGCAGAAUUUCAGCACAGGAAGCAUUAAACCAUCCUUACUUUAACGAAUUCCCAAAACCUUUGGACAUUAAAGAUAUGCCAAUUGUACCUGAUUCAAAUAAAUUUAUCCGAUCCAAUAAAAUGGCUAACCACUUUAAAUUAAACAGCCAAAAUAAUAUCCAAUUCCAUUCAUGA